UUUAAUUUAUACACAAUAUUGUACGAAAAUGUCAAUUUAAAAAUAUAUACAUAAAAUACAUAUGUUUUACAACACCUACGGGCAGAAAUUAUGAAAAAAGUGUGCCUAUUCUAAGCUACGCUUAAAAAAACCGCCCAUUCCCAGAGAACGCGUCAUAUGACGUAAGGACAGGCAAACACAGGCGCUCCCGCCAUCGUCUCAGUGUGGGUUAUGUAGUCUGAAAGGCGAAGACAGAGAAUAGAGAUUGUCGUUAAUUUGAGUUGUCACAAUGGUGAAUUCUUGUGUUUGUUUUGGAUGCAAUAACUCCAACGUGUCUGGCCAUCGGGUCCACCGAUUUCCAAACAAGAAACACAAAGAUUUCCGUGCGUGGAUACGUUUCGUCCAGGCAAAGAGAAGCAAUUUCGCUGCCUCCUCAGUGACAAGACACACGGUGGUAUGUGAAAAGCACUUCACACCGGACAGCUACAACCAAGGAGAUCUUAUGGAACUUCGCAUGGGAUUUCGACGAAAAGAGUGGGUUAGGCUGGCAAAUGGAGCUGUGCCAUCGGUGCAUGCAAGUCCACCUGCAAAAUCUGGCGGGAACAGAGAAUCUGCGCCUCGAAAACGGGAGCUUUGCACAAUUUUGGCAGAGAGUGCUGCCAGCAAAGACGGGGUGGGUGCAACUGCCACUUCAGAUCCUGGAGAUGAUGGAGAUGGAGACAUCUCAACAAUGGACCCUGAGCCAGAAGUGGUCCAUCGUGGAUCACAGUGCAGCAUAAGAUGUUUACAUCGUUCAUUAGCUGUUCAGGUAAAGCCUCAGAUGGUGGAUGUGGGGAGUCAAACCAAAAGGUUUGAGCAUCACAGAUCAACUCCACUGGCCAGUCCUGAACAAAGUGAUGAUGAAUGUUCAUUUUCUGAUAUCAUCAACCAUUCUGGUGAUAUGUCAUGGAGUCCAGGAGAGGAGAUGUUGAGUGAGCCCUCUGAGGAGGAACCAGAAGAGCUGGAAUCUCUCAGUGACGCAAAUGCUGUUGACAAGUUCAUUGUUUGCCAGAGGCAGUUGCUGUCCUUGUUCACGGUUUGCCCUGUAUGCUGUGGGGAUACCCAGGGACACAUAAUGCACCCGGAAGGAACAUUUAUAAAAGUCAAGCAGGCCUGCAAAAAUUGUGGUUAUGAGCGUUACUGGCAAAACCAAGAGAAGGUGCAUCGAAACAUGCCUGCAACCUUUUACUCAGCGGUGCCAUCCACUUCUCAGGUUGCAUGGCUACUCAGACAAUCAGGAUGCUGAAGCUGUUUGGACUGCAGUGCAUAAGUCCCGGCACUUUUUUCCGCCAUCAGCGCUUAUACACUAUCCCUACCAUCGUGCAGGCCUGGAGGAAUGAGCAGAGGGGGAUCAUCAGGGAGUUGAAGGAGACUGGGGGUGGAUUGAUCCUGUCU